AUGGCUUUUUCCGCUUCCCUGGCCGAACUCCAAUCAGAAGCCAGCUGCCCUCUCUGUCUAGAUAACCUGAGAGACCCAGUGACUCUAGCCUGUGGCCACAACUUCUGUGUCUCCUGCAUUCAACAGCGCUGGGUUGACCUACAGGACAUCUUCCCCUGUCCUGUCUGCCUCCACCACUGCCCUGACAGGAACUUGAAGAGAAACAACCAAUUGUGUCACAUCACUGACAUCGUUAAUCAGCUCCCCAUCAGAGAGAAUAAAAGGAAAUGGCAGGAACAGAAACUAUGUGAGAAGCACCAGGAGGUCUUGGACAUGUUCUGUGAGGAGGAUUCUGAGCUCUUGUGUCCCCAGUGCAGGACCGCCCAUGACCACCAGGAUCACUACCUCAUCCCUGCUGAGAGAGCUGCAGUGAGUCAAAGAAAGAAGCUCAGAAGCUACAUGGAGCUCCUGAAGAGGAAGAUUGAAACCACUGAAACAGAUUGUAAGAAACAAAUUUCAAAAUUUCUUGAAGAGAGUCGGAAGGUGGAACACCAGAAGACAGAAUUAGAUUCUGAAUUUAAAGAAUUCAUAUUUUUCUUGAGAAGGGAACAUUUUGCAAGUGAUGCCAGAUUAAUUAAGGAAGAGAACAAAGAGAAGGAUAAACUCACCGAAAACAAAAGCUAUAUUUCAAGUCACAUGGACACACAUAAAAAUCUUCUAAGUGACGCAAGAAAAAAGUAUUUGCUGCCCAACCUAGAGUUGCUAUCCAGCAUCAAAAGUAUUCAAAGUCGGCACAAAGACUUAACCCUCCCAGCAGUCUUUUUGUAUAAACUCAAGACAGAGAGUUUAGCCGUCCCUCCACAUUAUUUUGGUCUGCACACAAUGAUCAGCACGUUCCAGGUAGAUUUGACACUUGAUCCUGAAACUGCACAUCCAAGUCUGAUUAUCUCCAAAGACAGGAAAAGUAUAUCUACAACAAGUCUACCGCAAUUUCUUGACAACUCCCAGACAUUUACUCCUUACCCAGCUGUGCUCAGCUGUGAGGGCUUUGAUGGGGGCAGGCAUUUUUGGCAAGUAGAAGUCACAGGGGUUGGUGAAUGGUCCAUAGGUGUUUGUAAAAAAUCAUUCUGCGGAAAUUCGGGGAUACUACCAACCCCUGAAAAUGGCUAUUGGGCAUUUUUACAGACUGCAAAGAACACUGAACAGGACAUGGACAUUAAACAAGCAGACCCAGGUAUGCAAUUUGGUGUAUUUCUAGACUAUGAACUGGGAGAACUUUCCAUUUAUCGUUUGAAUAACAGAUUAUAUUUGUGUAAAAUCACUGAUAAAUUCACAGGGAAACUGAUGCCAUAUUUUGCUAUUGGACCCUCUUCAAAAUCAAUUUCAAUAUGUUUGACCACAAAGGAAUGGUGA